CAGCUCAUUUUCACUGCAUUUUGCAAAAUGUCUGCGAGUGUUAACGGCAUACACGUAAUAUUUGUUAUUAAUAAAAUAUACAUUGGAGCAUAGAAAAUACCAUAAAUAAAAAUGUCGAAAAGAGCCGCAGAUGACGGAAGUAGUGGCACAAGUGCCGGAUCGUCCGGCACGAAUAUUGGACAACCACCAAUAAAAAAGGUUCAUUUUGAACCACAUCUCAUUGGACCCGUGUCGACGUUAGAAGAGAUGGACAUAAAAGUGCUUGAGUUUCAGAAUAAAAAACUAGCUCAACGUAUUGAGCAACGUAUGCGUACGGAGUCGGAAUUAAGGCAUCGUAUUGAGCAAUUAGAGAAAAGGCAAACCCAAGAUGAUGCUGUAUUAAAUGUUGUAAACCGGUAUUGGAAUCAGUUAAACGAAGACAUUCGUGUUUUGCUACAACGUUUCGAUGCAGAAACUGCUGAUGAGUCUGAAAGUAGGAACCAACAUGAUAGUACAACGUCAUUUCUCACUCAACUAUCCACAUGGGAUAAAGAAGAAUUGGAUGAUAAGUUAGCCAAUAGAGUUCAAGUGUCGAAACGAGCAGUUGCAAAAAUUGUUCAAGUUAUUGAUCGGAUUAUGCAACGUAACGAAAAAAUUACUGAUGCUUUAAAAGAUACAAUAAUAAGCGGUGGUAAUAGAUCAGGUAAAACUGAAGUUGAAGAUGAUGUUGACAGCAGUACACAAGGUAGUUCUUCUAUAGAUGAGACGUUAAAGCAAACACAUAUUGAAAUUAUGACUGAGAACACCAAUUUGCAACGGUUAAACACAACUUUACUUGAAAGAUAUCACAACGAUUCUCUAAAAUUAAAGGAAUGUCAGGACAAAUUAACUGCCAAAGAAACUGAAAAUGCAGAACUUAAAAAUCAGAUCGAUGAACUGCAGUAUGAUCUUGAGAAAAUACAUUGCAGGAAUGAUAAACUAGAGAACCAUUUGGCGGAAGCUAUAGAAAAACUAAAAGCUUAUCACCAAAUGCAUGGUGAUCCCAAUAAAAACUCAAGUGCUUCUAAGACUGCAACACCGACUAAUAUAAAUAGCCAACAUUUUGAAGACUUACAAAAGGAGUUAGAAGAAUAUCGUGAAUUAGCUAAUAAUCGCCUACAGGAGUUAGACAAGUUACAUUCUACUCACCGUGAAACACUUAAAGAAGUUGAGAAGUUAAAAAUGGAUAUUCGUCAACUACCGGAGUCAGUUAUAGUAGAAACUACAGAAUACAAAUGCUUGCAAUCACAGUUUUCUGUUUUAUACAAUGAGUCGAUGCAAAUCAAAACUAUGCUUGAUGAAACACGUAACCAACUACAAUCAAGUAAAAACCAGCAUUUACGACAAAUUGAAAUAAUGGAAAGUGAAGAGUUAAUUGCCCAGAAAAAAGUACGUAGCGAAAUGAUACAAAUGGAAGGUAUGCUCGAGGAGAUUCGAAAAGAAUACGAAAACCUACGUGUUGAAUUCGAACAAAAUAUGGCAGCAAACGAGCAAACUGCACCAAUAAAUCGAGAAAUGAGGCAUCUUAUAACAUCACUCCAAAACCAUAAUGGCCAGUUAAAAGGCGAGGUGCAACGUUAUAAGCGAAAAUAUAAAGAUGCUUCUGCUGACAAUGUUAAGUUGCGUAAAGAACUUGAAGAUACUUUGGUAAAAUUAGAUGGUACUAAGCAGCAAGGUUUACCGUGCGAUGAAAUAAAACAAGAAGGUAUGUGUGUGCUUAAGGAGGAAGCAUCUUUACUCGGUAUUGGAUGCACAGGGCUAGGUAUUAGUGAUAUGAAUGCACCUCUAAAAGAUGAGCCGAUGGCAUCAAAUAAAAUGGAAGAUGAAAAUGAAGAUGACUGUCUUAAGGAUUCAAAAGAUGGAAUAAAAUCAGAAAAAUUAUCACCAUCCCAAAGUGGCGAUAAGAAAGACAUAUUAACAGCUGGUGGAGUUUGUCAAUCAGCUGGUGCAAAUGCAAAUGCUGCUGGAGGUGUGAGUAUAAAAACGGAGAAAGAUUCUAAAGAAGCUCAAAAAUCAAAAGAAAUGAAGCUCGCAGAAUCGGAACUCGUUAGAGACUACAAAGCUCAAUUAAAGAAAGCUCUGAAUGAUCAAAAGGAAAUGAAAUUACUUCUUGACAUGUAUAAAGGUGUUUCAAAAGAUCAACGCGAUAAAGUACAACUUAUGGCAAUUGAAAAAAAACUACGUUCCGAAAUAGAGGAAUUGCGGCAGCAACUUAAGAAAAUACAAGAAAGUAAACGGGAAGAACGUAAAAAACUAGCUGAUGAAGAAGCAUUACGUAAAAUAAAACAAUUAGAAGAACAAAAGUAUGAGCUACAAAAACAAGUAGCUAAUCAAAAGCCGAACGAUAAUGCUUGGGGCGGACCAGGAGCUCCUAAUUAUGCACGUCCAUUUGUGGGUUCCCAUGAGGAGGAAGCAUUGUUAAAUGAAAUGGAGGUUACUGGUCAAGCGUUUGAAGAUAUGCAGGAACAAAAUUCGCGUCUAAUUCAGCAAUUGCGCGAGAAAGACGAUGCCAAUUUCAAGUUGAUGUCUGAACGUAUAAAAGCGAAUCAGUUGCAUAAGUUAUUACGUGAAGAAAAGCAAGUACUUGAGGAUCAAAUGGCUACACGUGACGCUCAAAUAGAAGCGAUGCAUAUAGUGCUGCGUAAGCUGGAAGAAAAAGAACGCAUUUUACAGUCCACAGUCGCUACUAUAGAAAAAGAAUUGGUAUUACGUCAACAAGCCAUGGAAAUGCACAAACGUAAAGCUAUAGAAUCAGCCCAAUCUGCAGCUGAUCUUAAAUUGCAUUUAGAAAAGUAUCACUCGCAAAUGAAAGAAGCUCAACAAGUCGUUGCUGAGAAGACCAGCUCUUUAGAGGCUGAAGCUUAUAAAACAAAACGUCUACAAGAAGAGUUGGCGCAAUUCAAACGUAAGGCCGAAAGAAUGAAAAAGAUUGAAAUGGCCGGCACCACCAUUGACGAGGUUAUGUUAGAAGAAAUUCGUGAAUACAAGGAAACACUUACUUGUCCAUCGUGCAAAGUCAAACGUAAAGAUGCUGUACUUUCGAAAUGUUUCCAUGUGUUUUGUUAUGACUGUUUACGUACACGUUAUGAGACUCGUCAACGUAAAUGUCCAAAAUGUAAUUGUGCUUUCGGAGCUAAUGAUUACCAUCGAUUAUAUUUGACAUAAAGAUACAAUUUACAUUUUAAAUUUUAUAUAUAAGAUUUUGUGUAACUUUUU